GUUUCAUACCUAAACUGUCAAAAUUCGUGCACCAAUGUAGGUACACGACAACGUGUUUAAAUCACCCCCUGUACCUACCUACAUGGAUACCUACCUAGGUAUCUACUUUGUUUCAUUUCAUUGUUAUUGUAGGAUUUAUUUCCUUCAAAACGAAUCCUAACCUAUCACAUCAAUCAAACAAAUAAAAUUAAUGCAAGAUUGUAUUGUAAUAUAUACUUUUUGCACUGAACUUUCAAAGUUGUAAGAAUGAUUCCAAGAAUAAUUCACAAUUAUAUUCGUUUCCCAACCGGUUCAUUUCGAAGUUACUCAAACGAAGUUAAUCCGUUUACGAGAACAUGGAGAAUAAUAUCUAGUGAUAUACCGGAUUUUUUUGGAUUGAGAAAAAAACCUACAAUCUACCCAACCCAUGCAGACAUAGUGAUAAUUGGUGGUGGGUUUAUAGGCUCUGCCACUGCCCAUGCCCUGAAAGCUAGGACUGGCGUGGGUUUAUCUGUAGUCGUCUUAGAAAAAGAUUUAACAUAUAAAGAAGCAAUAAAUAAUAUUUCCCACGGGACACUCAUUCGGAAUUGUUCAUUGCCAGAAAACAUUGAACUAUCUGCUUAUGGUGCAGAAUUUUUGAGGAACUCAAGAACAAAUCUGGGGGCAGAUGUAGAUAUUCAAUACACACCUAGUGGUUUUUUACUGUUAGCCAGUGAAAGAUUUGCAGAGAAACUAGAACAAAAUGCUUCACAACAGAGAGAAAUGGGAUUGAAAAAUGAAAUCAUAUCUGUUAAUGAAAUUCAAGAACGAUUUCCAUGGAUAAAUACUGCUGAUAUUAAACUUGGUAGCAUAUGCCUUGAAAAUGAAGGGGUUUUCAAUUCAUGGUCAUUUUUAAAAGGUCUUGUUAAAAAGUCACAAGAACUUGGAGCUAUAUAUGUAGAUGCAGAAGUAACAGGUUUUGAAAUUGAACAACAACGUGAUGUAUUGAUGGAAGGGAUUGCACCUGGCUCAUUUGAAAAAAUAAAUAGAGUAUUAUAUAAAACACCAGAUAAUGAAGAGCAUGCUAUCAAAUUUGCUGCUUGUAUCUUAGCUGCAGGCAGUCAAUCGGGAGAAAUUGCAAAACUGGCUAAAAUUGGAGUAAAUGAUGGUCUCUUGGCAUUACCACUACCAAUAGAAGAGAGAAAAUAUGGCAUUUAUUCAAUUCAAGAUGAAGAGGGAAAGGCAGCUUUAAACACUCCACUAAUAAUGGAUACAAGUGGAGUAUGGUUGAGAAGGAAUGGUUUAGAGAAUAAUUUAUUAUGUGGGCAUGUUCCUUUUGGCAAUGAGAACUCAAGAAAAAUAUCAGAGGAAGAAUUUUAUAAUACAAUCAUAGAACCUUCUUUGAAUAACAGAUUCCCUAUGACAAAAGAAAAAAAGGCAAAACUGUUAACAACUGAAAUACAAGAUUACAACACUUAUGACGAGACUGGUAUUUUAGGACCUCAUCCUUAUCACAAUAAUUUAUAUAUAGCUGCUGGAUUCGGCAAAUACGGUUGUCAACAUGCUCCAGGUAUAGGCAGAGCAAUCACUGAAUUAAUAAUCGACAGUCACUAUACAACAAUAGACUUAACAAGAUUAGGGUUUGAUAGAAUAUUAAUAGGGGAACCACUGAUUGAAUUUGAUGUAUAUUAAUUGAAACUGUUAUGUACUCUAACGAUAAUUGUAUUGUGACAACACAUAGAUUUUAAUAUAAUAAAGAGAAAGGGUGUUCUAACAAUAAACAAUAAUGAACAGCAGUGAAUAGAGAAGAGUAUAUUUUAGUUGCUAAUGUCGUAUCAUAAUGUAGUCAUACCAUACAAAAAAUUAAAGUAAAAGCCAAAUAUAUAUAUAUUACUUUUAUUGAUAUAAACAAAA